CAGCAAAAACAUGGCAACCACAGAGGUUAAACCCUCCGCCGAUAAAAACCCUAAACGAAUUCGGAAUCCAUCACUGGGUCCGAAUAAAGAUUUGAAGAAGAAGAAGAAGACUAAGAAGUCGAAAGCUCUCGCCUUUGAUAAGACCCUUGAGAAGAGUAAUAGAAACGAGCAGAAAAGCGAGAACGAUGGCGAUGAGCAACCGGAUUCGCAACCGGCAUCGGCUUCUGAGCAGCUUAGCUUCUUCUUAAAUCAGCUUGAAUCCGCCAUUGGUGUCCGGGUCUCUACUAUAGAGCUCGAUCCCAUUAAAGAUAAGUGUAUAGUGGAGUUAUCUCAAAGAUUGGAACAAAAUGUAAGCAACUUGGGAGAGCAUAUAAAGAUGUCUUAUGGGUCUUCAUGGAGAGAGUCUCUUUGUGAAGGAGAGCUUAUUGAAGGGAAAGUUGACACCGGAAGCCCAUCUGUUCUCGUUGUUAGCUCCUCUGCCUUGAGAUCUUUGGAACUUCUAAGGGGUUUGCAUUCACUGACUAAGCAAUGUCCGGCAGUUAAGUUGUUCUCAAAGCAUUUGAAGGUUGAGGAACAGGUAUCUCUGUUGAAAAAACGGGUUAAUAUUGGGAGCGGCACACCAAGCAGAAUCAAAAAGCUAAUCGACAUAGAGGCAUUAGGGCUUUCACGUUUAGAUAUGAUUGUGCUCGACAUGCACACAGAUGUCAAGGGAUUUUCCUUAUUCACAUUGCCCCAAGUCAGAGAUGAGUUUUGGGAUUUGUAUAAGAAUUGCUUCCACCAGAAAGUGUUAGAAGGAAGUCUACGUAUCUGUCUGUAUGGUCCAAAGCCAUCAGCUCCAAAGGUUAAGAACAAUAAGAAGCAGAGACAAAACCAACAUUGAACUAAAAGUUUCUACUCAGAUUUUGAUAUAUUAGCUCUAAUUUUGCAAUAUUUGAUGUUAUUUUAUUAUACAGAGUGAAUCAUGAACAGAAUGUGAGAGAAAUACAAUAGGUGUGUUAAUUAGUGUUCUUUUGGCACUACGAUUCACUUAAAAAACAUGAUCCUCACAAAGUCAAAC